AUGACAAAAGAUUUUAGUAAAGCAACUGAUGGUACUAAAGUCAUAUCAGACGACCCAUGGUUAGAACCAUAUGCACAGACACUUCAAAGAAGACACUCACAUAUCGAUUACAUGGUCAACCAAUUUAAAGAAAAGGAAGGUGGAUUAAAGGCAUUUGCAGAAGGUUACAAAUUCUUUGGUUUCAAUAUCACAAAUGAAGGUGUACAUUAUCGUGAAUGGUUACCAUCUGCUCAUGGUGUAACUUUGGUUGGUGAUUUUAAUGGAUGGAAUAAAGAAAGUCAUCCACUUGAAAGAGAUGAAUAUGGUAGAUGGUAUAUAUUUUUAAAGAAUACAGAGGAUGGUAAAUGUGCCAUUCCACACGGCUCCAAGAUAAAGAUAUAUGUAAAGUUGCAAAACGGUAAUUGGGACUACCGUAUUCCAGCCUGGAUCCAUAGAGUCGAGCAAACCAAAGACAAUCCAGUGUUUGACGGUGUAUUUUGGAACCCAGCUCAAAAGUAUACAUUCAAGCACAAGUCACCUGCCCCUCCAGCCGCCGGCUUGCGUAUCUAUGAGGCUCAUGUUGGCAUGUCGAGUGAGAACCCAGAGAUCUCAUCCUACAAAAAGUUUAGAGAGACCGUGUUACCACAGAUCAAAGAGUUGGGUUACAACUGCGUCCAGUUGAUGGCUAUCAUGGAGCACGCCUACUAUGCAUCGUUUGGUUACCAAGUCACCAACUUUUUCGCCAUUAGCAGUCGUUUUGGUACACCUGAAGAGUUGAUGGAGAUGAUUGAUGCUGCCCACGAAAUGGGUCUGCUCGUGUUUUUGGACGUUGUUCACAGUCACGCUUCAAAGAAUGUUCUCGACGGUCUCAACCAAUUGGAUGGUUCCGAUCACCACUACUUUCACUCGGGAGGACGUGGCAACCACGAUGUUUGGGAUAGCAGACUAUUCAAUUACUCCAAUUGGGAAGUACUUCGUUUCCUCCUUUCCAAUCUCCGUUUCUUUGUAGAUAAAUAUCAUUUCGAUGGUUUCAGAUUCGAUGGUGUCACCUCUAUGAUUUAUUAUCAUCACGGUUUAGCUCCUGCUUGUUCCUAUGAUGAUUAUUUUGGUCCUGCUGUUGAUGAAGAUGGUUUAUAUUAUUUAUCUCUUGCAAAUACAUUAUUAAAAGAAUUAAAUCCAAAUAUUAUAACAAUUGCAGAAGAGGUAACUGGUAUGGCAUGUCUUUGUCGUCCAAUUGCAGAGGGAGGAUAUGGAUUUGAUUAUAGAUUGGGUAUGGGUAUUCCAGACAAAUGGAUUGAAUUGGUAAAGACAAAGGAUGAGGAGUGGAGUAUGGCAACCAUUUCCCAUAUGCUUUCAAAUCGUCGUUACAAGGAAAGAAACAUCUCUUAUGCAGAGUCACAUGAUCAGUCGUUGGUCGGUGACAAGACACUUGCCUUUUGGUUGAUGGACAAGGAGAUGUAUGAUCAAAUGUCGACCACCAGUCCCAUCACACCCAUCAUUUCUCGUGGCAUGUCACUACACAAGAUGAUUAGAUUGAUCACAUCUGCUCUUGGUGGUGAUGGUUAUCUCAACUUUAUGGGAAAUGAAUUUGGUCAUCCUGAAUGGGUUGAUUUCCCAAGAGCUGGCAACAAUGAAUCCUAUCAUCACGCCAGACGUCGUUGGGAUUUACACCGUGAUAAAUUACUUCGUUAUCACCAACUUCGUAAUUUCGAUAUUGCAAUGAAUCAAUUGGAAGAUAAAACUAAAUGGUUAAUUGAUUCUCAAGCAUUUAUAUCAUGUAAACAUGAAGAUGACAAGGUGAUUGUAUUUGAAAGAGCAGGACUUAUUUUUGUAUUCAAUUUCCAUCCAUUCAAGAGUUUCUCAGAUUAUCGUGUUGGUAGUGGCUCGAGUGGCAAGUAUGCCAAUGUUUUGGAUUCAGACAGAGAAGAGUUUGGAGGUUUUUGUCGUAUCGGAACCACUCCCCAUUUCACUGAAGCUGUUCCAUGGCAUGAUCGCACCCAUUCACUCAAGGUUUACAUUCCAUCAAGAACUUGCCUAGUUUUACAAAAAGUUGAUUAA